CUCUCUCUUUGCCGUUUCCGCCUCCACCGCCGCCGCCCCAAAAUAGCCGCCAGAUUCGCUUAUUUCCAACCCCAUUUUUCACAUCAAGAAUUCAACCAAAGAAAGAAAAAGAACGGAGAGAGAGAGAGAGAUGGACGCUGAUGAUAAAAAAGAAGGCGGCCCCUUCACUUUUCAAAAAGAGGAGGAAGACAGAGAUUUUGAUCUGGCGAACUCCGAGCCAGACGCCCCUUUGCCCCUCACUGUCACUUCAAGGGUGUUGUAUAUGUUGGGGGAUAUUACUGCAGGGCCCGCUUAUCGGUUUGCCCAAUGGCUUGAGCUGGUUCGCAAGCGCAGCAGCAAGUAUCGGGCAUCGGGCUUCCCUCAUCGACCUUACCACGCUGAGAGAAUGCCCUUGAGUCAAGAAGAAUAUAAUGUCGAUAUAAAAAUUACCCCACCCGAGCAAGGUAUAGAAAUCAGCUUGUGGGAAAGACUUGGAAAAGCUAACAUGUUGGAUAUUGAGUCAAGCACCUUUUCCUGGAGUACACUUUCUUCUCUUCACCAUACAGAGCAUAGCAGCAGUACUGAGCACUCUGAGGAUGAGAUGAACAAAGCACUGGAGGUCACUGUUAAUUCUGGGGGUGUUGUUUUUUUUGCUCUAUUUAACCAACCAGAAAAUGAUGAAUCUUCUCCUAAGGAAGCUGCAGCUGUCAUAAAGUUUUCUUCAUCAAGGAUGGCCACCCAGUCAGAACGACUUGGCUAUGAAUUCGCGAAGUGGCUAGGUGUCCGCACUCCACAAGCUAGAGUCAUUCACAAUGCCAGUCCUGAAUGGCUGCAAAUCAAGGAGGCUGCGGAGAAAGCAAAAGAUGCUGCUAUUGCUGAAGGAGAUGACAUUGGUGAAAUGACAUGUUCAGAACUUCUGGAAGCUCUUGAGCUUAGUCGUUGCCUUCUAUUAAUGAAUUAUGUACACGGAUCUCCUUUACUAGAAAACUCAAAUGCUUUUGAGUCACGAGAAGUAGCAGAAAAGACGGCAGCAGCACUUGGCAGGAUUUUGAUGUUGGACCUUGUUAUAAGAAAUGAAGAUCGUCUUCCUUGUCGCCAGCUCAGGUGGCGUGGGAACUCUGCAAACCUACUCCUGGCUGAAAAAGUACCUGGUGCAAAUAUUGAUGCACUAGAGAUGGCCUUUGAUUCUGCAAUCAAGAGAUAUAGACCAAAAGUAAUUAGGGCACUUCAAAAAGAAAGAAGAGCAACUUCCAUAGACAGUAGAGUAAGCCCUCCUCAGCCAGGAUUGGUGGCACAGAGUUCUGAUGUUUCUGAUGUUAUAGAAUCUCCAAAGUCAAGCAAUAGUGUAAGGAGUCUCACUUUGAAUGAGUCGGUGUUUUCCGAUUCACACAUUGUGGCAAUAGACUCUGGGGUACCUCGACGACCACCAGCAGGGAAACGUGCAAAUGACCAAGCGAAUUAUCCUAAGCUAGUUGAGCUCCUCAUAAACAGUUCAGAGUAUGCAUUACAAUUGUUGCAUGAAAUAACUGGAGGAAAAUUAGGGGCUUCACCCGGAAAUGUUGAUGCAACAACUGAUUUUCGUGAAAGUGAAAUGAUUUCGGUUGUGCAUGAAUUCAGAAGUGGAUUUCGAGCAGCACUGAGGGAUUUGCAGGGAUUUCACAUUUUCCUUGUUACCCUUCACCAGAAACUAGAUGGAUUGUUGCGAGCUUUUCUCAGUGUCGUUAAUAAAUCUUCUUGUGGGGAUAUUGACAAAGAGGAUCUGAUGGUUCCUGAAACUCCAUCACCGGCUAAAGGGAUAGAGGUCCAUGGCCCAUCCUCACCCAGCAAGGAACGGAUAAUUGGUGAUCACACUAUCGAUUUGAAUGAUUCAGAAUCUCAGAGAACAAUCGUGAGGCCUCCAUCAUCAGGACAUAGAGAAAGUUUAGAUAGUUGUUCUCCAUUGUCACGUGAAGGUUGGCAUGGGAAAUUUGGCAGGGGGAGUGGUGAACCCUUACGUAGCUUGAGGCUGACAUCAAAGCUCCGUGAUUUCCAAAGAUUUGCAAAGGUGGAUGCAGAAUUAUAUAAAGAGUUAGAACAAUGGAAUGAUAUGCUUAAAAAUGAUGCCAUUAAACUGUGUCAGGAGAAUAAUUUCACUACUGGGUUUUUUGAAGGCAGUGAUAGCAAUUAUGUGGUUGAUGCAUAUGAGUUGAAGGUCAGGCUUGAGCACAUUCUUGAGAGGAUAGGAUUAAUAUCUGAUGCAGCAAAUACAGAGAAGCCGUCGCCAAUCUCAGGUGGACUGUUUAUUGGAGGGGCUCUUGCUGCUAGAUCUGUAUAUACUUUGCAGCUUUUGGGGAUUACACAUAUUUUAUGCCUGUGCUCCAAUGAAAUUGGACAGGAAGAUUCUCAGUUUCCGGAGUUAUUUGAAUACAAAAACUUUUCAAUAUGCGACAAUGAAGACACCAACAUCAGUGAGAUUUUCCAAGAAGCGCAUGAUUUUAUCAAUCAGGUUGAACAAAUAGGUGGGAAAGUUUUGGUUCAUUGCUUUGAAGGGAAGAGUAGGAGUGCAACACUUGUUCUUGCUUAUUUGAUGCUCAGAAAAAACUUUACUCUAUUGGAGGCGUGGAAUGCCCUGAAACAAGCUCACCGUAGAGCCCAGCCGAAUGAUGGGUUUGCAAGGAUUCUCUUGGAGUUAGAUCAGAAGUUGCAUGGAAGAGUUUCAAUGGAAUGGCAACAGCGCAGACCAGUGAUGAAGGUAUGCCCUAUCUGCGGAAAGAACGCUGGACUGAGCAGCAGCUCCUUGAAACUUCAUUUACAGAAAGCACACAAGAAACUAUCAUCAGGCAGUGUGGACAGCGCAAUGAAUAUGGAAAUACAAAAAGCACUGGAUGCAUUGAAAAUAAGUCGAGGUGGGAGCGUCAGCCCAACACAAAGACAAUCUCAUUCCAUGACAGAGGAAUAGAUCUUUAAGCCAGGUUCUUUGUAUUGUAGCUCUGCUUUAUGACUCUCAAGUCUUUUUUUUUCAUAAAUACAGUUUUGAGUAUUUGUACCAAGUCUUAAUCUAAUUGUUAAUCGAACGAAACUUGAUAAACACGUGUUUUGGUUUUUUUGCA